UACGGUUCUGUGUGUGCGGUAAUAGUAGCCGGCUGUCGCCAUUGUAAUGCAACACUUUGUCAAACAGUUGUAAAUUGACAUAAACUCAGUGUUUUGUUGUAUAAUAGUAGCCUUCCGUCGAAAUGGACUCACUUUUAUCUUGGCUCUUCUCCUCGGAAGAAGAAGAGCUUAACAUGUUGUACAGCAUGGCUUGCUUAAUGGUUUUCAUGGCAGCUUGCACCUUCGUUACUUUGCUCUUUGAAAAUGUCCCAUACGGUCGAUAUGCAACUAGCAAGUACGGGUUUCCAGUUAAUGUAAGGUUUGCAUGGUUUAUUCAGGAGCUGCCUGCGUUUCUAGUGCCUUUGUGUCUGGUGUUUUGGACGUCCUCUGCGAAAACUUCACAACUGCCUAACCAGCUUCUGAUUGCCAUGUAUUUCUGCCACUAUGUCCAGAGAUCACUUAUUUACCCUUUUUUGAUACGAGGAGGUAAACCGACACCAUUCGUCUCAUUUGCUCUGGCCCUUGUUUUCUGUCUCUAUAAUGGAUACAUGCAGGUCAGGUACCUGAGUCAUUAUGCAGAGUACCCUCCACAUUGGGUUACACAUCCAUGUUUCAUUGCAGGGUCCAUGUUGUGGUUGGUUGGCUGGCUGAUGAAUAUGCACUCCGACCAUAUCCUGAGAAACCUGAGAAAGCCUGGAGAGACUGGUUACAAAAUUCCCACAGGAGGAAUGUUUGAAUAUGUGUCUGGAGCAAACUUCUUAGGAGAGAUAACGGAGUGGGCGGGCUUUGCUUUGGCCGGCGACUCCAUCCACAGCUUAGCUUUCGCCAUCUUUACCACAGUGGUCCUUGCCAACAGGGCCGUGGCCCACCACAAAUGGUAUCUCACUAAGUUUGAAGACUACCCCAAGAGUAGGAAGGCACUCAUUCCCUUCCUGUUCUAACAACACUUUGGAUACUUGAAGCCUGAAAAUGUACUGGUUCCCUCUCUGGCGGAAAAGAACACUCCCAAUUAUCAUUAUAGUGUAGGAAAGCAGUGAGCACUCCUUGAGGAUGCAGAUUAAAACACAGGUCACAUGCAUGGUCAAAUGAUUUCAGCUGCAGGGUUUUUCUGUAAAAUGUUUUUUUUUUUAUUAUUGUCAUCACUUCAGUAAUGAUGGCCAUGGAUCAAAACCACCAACAACACAACCAACUUCAACAACACUAACAGAUUGUGAGAGUUGCUUAAAAGGAAACAGAGGAAAUGAUGUCCCACAACAGUGAUACAGUGGAUUUAUAACACUGCUCUGCACCAGCAAUAAACAGUUUUAAGACCCUCCACUGAUCUGCAUAUUCUCCCAGAUGGAACAUGAACUUGGAAAUGCAAAGCAGACACUUAAAAGUUUUCAGUCAUUCUCGCAUCAUGUUUUUUGCUAAAUGUAUGUCAUAGGAAAGACUUUCCUACCUACCUCAUCAUCUCAAGAAGGGAAGCCACCCUGGAACAAGCAGGAACUGCAUCUCCAUUGUGUAAAGGCUGACACUGUAUAAGGCAAUUCUGCAGCUACUUUGUAGCAGGGAAAUCAGAUGAAUAUCAAUCUUGGCCCUCAAUAACUCAACCAUGCCUGAAAUGAGAAGAGGAGAGCAUUGCCUCUGCACAUCACUUCUGUCAGGGUGUCAGAGAAAGAGAGAGAAGAAGACGACCUGGUUAAGAAAGAAAAUGGAAAAGACACUAAAUGUAUGCGGCCGUGUGUGUGUGUGCAUAAAAGAAUACAGAAACAAGCGAUAAUACGGAUUGGUAAAAAUCUUAACAUCUCUGUAAUUAAAGUGAUCUUAUUUUUUACGUCGAUCCCAAAACUGGAUUGGAAACGUGGUAUUACCUCAUUACUUUUGCAACAUGUUUACAAAUAAACUAAAUCUGCAAGGGAAAAAAACCAUUGGCUCAUGAUAUUGGUAACUCUGAAUUCUAUUUAGGUAUUUAAACGUAACCUCUCCUUCUUGAAUCUAUCACCGAAAGGUACCAGCUGCAGUUUCCUCCCAUAACUCCCGAUCAGGUUUCCAUGUGUAGGACACCUUUCAAACACCAGUCAAGGCCAAGCUCAGGUCAUUCUUGAUUGUAAAAAUAAAAAGUGUUUUGAAUAGA